AUGAAGUUUCCGAAGCCUCCAAUAACUCCGAAGUCUCAAUUCCAUCUGAACUCGAGGAAAAUGGAAACAUAUAACCAGAUAAAGCUUUCAAGAUCUCUGAAUAGAAGGAUUAGACAUACCCCAACCCUUCCAAUUGAUAAUUUGAAGAGUAAUCAUACGAUAGAAGAGGAAGAGUUUCAAACUACCAUGCCUCAAUUAAAAUCGUCAUCUCCUAAAAGAGGAGGGUCCCAUCCUCCAAAGAAUGCUCAUUCACUCGAACAGGCACUAGCAAACUUUCUCAAGAACUCUGACAAUAUUGAAACUAAAACAGUUGAGAGGAAGUUUAGCAAAUAAACCUAAAAGCAAGAAGGUGAAUACUAAGUUAAAGCUUGCUUUGCCACCUGCUUUCAACCUUCCUAAAAUCGACCAAGUGUCUACUCCAACCGAGAUGUCUUGUAAGGGUGACUUUGAAAAUCUGGACACUAAUAGGGAGAUAAGGAAAAUGCUUCAUAGCCAGGUGAGGGUGAUUUAAGAACAAGACAAUAGUCAGAGAGACAAAGUCCUCUUUGAUCAGGAAGAGAAUAGCUCAAGAGAAUAAGAAGAAGGCAAUAUCCGAAGAAAAGGAUGUAGGAUUUAGGUACAGGAAUAAGCUCAAUUCACGCAUUCUGGUCCUUAACAAACGGUGCAAUGACGAGAUGAAGAAAUAGUACCAAGCUUCACAAAUUUGUUUGAAAAAUCGAAGUUAUAGUCAAUAAGUCCUAUGGAAACCUUCACAAGCUCAUAAAGAAAUCGGAGAAGGAAAAGAAGCAAAAGUUGACACUGAAAGAUGGUCUAUUGAUACAGCUACAGAAUAAAACUGCUAAUAUUGGGCUAGGACAUUUCUCUUCUCACAACACUCGGAAUUCCAAUAAAGUUUCUGUCAGAGUAAGAAGCCACGAUGUAGCCAAUAAUAGGUAUAGCAACUUUGAUCGGUAA